ACCAAAGCGCGCACUCUUCUCUGGAGGAGAAUUUUGCGCUUUGAAGCAUCUGGACACUGGUGCAAGUUACUUCUUGUUUAUCAAGGUUUCUCCAGGAGCUGGACGAGCACAUAAGGGAGAAGUCGGUCGAGAAGGCAAGUUGAUUGCAAAAAGCACAAGCACGAAAGGGAGGAUAAACAACAAACCAAAAGGAGCGGAGAGAGGAGAGGUGACACGGCCGAAGCGACAUGUUUGGCAUGAUCAAGAAUUCGCUCUUCGGAAACACCGAGGAGACGGAAUUUAAACUGCUCAGCAGUGAGACGAAGGAUGGAGUAAGCUUUGAGGUGCGGCGAUACGAUGCCGCCAAAUACGCUGCCGUCUCCUCUGAGGGACGAACUUUUGACCAAGUAACAGGGGAGCUAGUGAGGAAGCUGCUCAUGUACAUCGGUGGGAGCAAUGAACAAGGUGAAUCCAUGGGCACAGCAGCUCCCAUCAUCAUCACAGUGUACCCACGGAAUGACGGCGUUCUGUCCCGCCGGUUGGUGGUCGGCAUCCGUAUUCCCUCCAUCUACCAGCAGAGCCCCCCGACUCCCACCGACAGUGCCGUCAGGAUUGAGGAGCGGCCCGGCAUGACCGUCUAUGCUCUACAGUUUGGAGGCUUCGCAGGGGAGAGCGAGUACCGAGCAGAGGCCUUGCGUUUGACACGCACCCUGGGUGAGACAGCCCCCUUUCAGCGCAAGCAGUACUUCUGCUGUAGCUACGACCCACCACUCAAGCCUUACGGACGCCGCAACGAGGUGUGGUUUCUACAGGAAGAGCCGUAGGAGGCGCCGGAUCACGGUCAAAUCUCAUGCUGAAUUCUUUAUUCAAGCUUAACUACCCUUUCACCCCUGACAGCCCUGUAGCUCUAACAGUAUUUUGAUUGGUAAGAACAAUAUGGGGACUUGAUAGACCUUUGAACGCACAUGGACAGACAGUGAUUACCCAUGUUGCCUUUACCCAUCUAGUCUUCUGCUCGUCACACAUACAGUAUAGUUGCCACUCGGAAGUUAGGUGUUAAAGCAAUGGGACAAUUUAGAGUUCAACAUCAGUGCAGUAGCAUUCUCUCAUUUCAUUAUAACAUUUUCUGUGUUUCUGAUUUGAACUCACCCUUGUAGCUCAGAAGCAUGAGUGAUUUCAGGCUGGAUAUUAAAGAAAGCACCUUUAGGAAAACUGGUCUGCUCCUGCCACUGGUUUACAGCUGUGGAACAGAAAGUGAGAAAACAGUGAAUAAUCUGAAUUUAAAUACAACUGAACUGAUUAUUUUCAUUCCUUUAAGAAUUACAUGUUUGUCCUUACCGGUAGAUGAAGUCCCUGUAGAGAUCCCAUCUCCCUGAAGAACGCACAGUAGGCCUUUGCACAUCUUUAAAUUAGUUUAUAAUAUAGUGAUGGCAACAGAGAAAUGUAUAGAAUUAACAUUAGACACAUGUUAGUAAAAAGCACACAUCCUUUUCCUGAGUAAGGAACUGGAAAGAAACAGGAGCUGAGCCAUAAUGUGGAACUAGUCUUUAUGAAUUAAUGGGUGGACAGCUGUGAGUGGAAAUUAGCAAGCUAUUGAUAUGUGUUGUUAUAUACUUUGUGAUUAUAUGUUGGACCACAGAGCAUUUGUGUGUAGUGGAUAUUUUGUGUCUUAGUGCAUGACAAUGCUGUCUUUAUUUAUUCAGACUCUAAAAACUGUGUUAUGUGAUACAUCUGUGCAGUGUGAUUUUCUGUGGUAAGAGUGAAUAUGAUGUUCGGGUUUGAUAGUGUUUCAUAACAUAAUAAAUAUCUUAUUCAGUU